AUGUCCCCCCUCAGCGCCAUCACCAGCUGGCUCUGCUGCAUCCCAAGCCCGGAUCCCAAUCCUCCACAUCCACCUCCACCUUUACCUUCAGCCUCAUCUCCACCAUCAAACCAUUAUCGCGAAAACAACGAAGGCUACCUGCCACCCACCCCACCCCUCCCCGCCUACACCCCCCAUCCGCACACCCCAACCGAAAAGACCCUCGCCCUGCACCGUCGCCCAUCCUCGUCAUCAUCAACAUCAUCAACAUCCUGGAACGAGAAAUCCGGUGCAGCAACCACAUCAUCCCCCGCAGCCGCAGCCACACCCGCACCAGAAACAAUAGAAACCACAACUCCCUACCCACCACCACCCCCCGCCGCACCAACCCCCCCACCCGCCCCCCUCUACCCACCAUACUACCACACGGCCACCGGGCUCUUCGACCCAGACCCCAACGACAGCGACACCUCGUCGACGCUCUCCUUCCCCAGCACCAGCAGCUACGGGAACACCUCGACCGCGACGCGCGAGACGCCGCCGCCGCCGUACUCGCCCCGGAGUCUAGGGAUGUCGUCGCGGACGAUGUCGCCUGUGCCGUCGUUGAUGUCGGAUUCGGGGAGAAGUAUUAGUAGUGGGAGUAGUGGGAGUAGUCGGGGAAGUGGUGGUGGUGAUGGGUCAGGCAGAAGAUCUGAGGAGAUGGUGCAGAUUGCGGCGCCGAGGGCGGUGGUGGUUUGGGAGUCGGCGCGGGGGAGGGAGAGGGAGAGGGGGUGGGGGGAUUUAUAUGAUUGA